UUCAGUAGAAGCGCACACGCAGCAGAAUGAGGAAAUUCAGUUUCUCGAUUUUAUUUCUUUGCACAUUGUUUCUGUAUCAUGCUGCCGCUGAUAACGGCAGUGUUAAAAAGAUGAAAAUGCAGUACGCUGCCGGACCUCUGCUCAAAUUCCAAAUCUGCAUUUCCUGAGGUUACAAGCGGGUGUUUGAGGAGUACACUCAGGUUCUUACCCAGAGGUACCCAGACAUCCGCAUUGAAGGGGAGAACUACCUGCCCCAGCCUAUAUACAGGCACAUUGCUUCCUUCAUCUCUAUAUUUAAGUUUGUUGUUAUUGGCCUCAUCGUUAUGGGAAAGGAUCCGUUUACCUUCAUUGGUAUGCAGACCCCUGGAGUCUGGGUCUGGGGUCAGGAGAAUAAAAUCUAUGCUUGUAUGAUGGUCUUCUUUCUUAGUAACAUGAUUGAAAAUCAGUGCUUGUCUACUGGAGCCUUUGAAAUAACCCUGAAUGACGUGCCUGUUUGGUCCAAGCUGGAGUCAGGCCACUUGCCCUCCAUGCAGCAGCUUCUUCAGAUCUUGGAAAAUGAGAUGAAGCUAACUGCACACAUGGAUACUCUUCCCCUCCAGCUAUCCUAAUUCCAGAUGGUUGCAGCUUCAGAGCUAUAACCUUUCCUGUGUUUGAUGGGAGAUUCCAGUCAGUAAGGCUGCCCCAAUGAAGGUCUGCUCUGAAAGCAGUGUAUCUGCUGGUGUAGACUGGAUGUCUUUGUCUUCCUUACUGAUGCUUGUGGGACUCCUAGCAUUCACAGUGGGUUUCCAGCCUGAGUGAAAGCUUAGUGAAACCUAAUUUAAGUGGUGGGAAAUCUUAUUUGAAAAGUUCAUGUGGUCUUUAAACCCCAGUACUAAAUGAGUCUAUUUGUUACUAAUCUGUAAGAAAUUACAUGCGAGUUAGAUUAAUUUGAGUGUUUGUCUCUGUACUUUUUAAUAAUGGUUUCCCAUUGCUGUAGGUUUGCUUCCAGAGUUGUGUAUUUCAUGCCACCAACAAAAACAUUUUCACACUUUUUAUACCUUUACUUUUUUUUGCAAAUUAAAUUGUUCUGUAUUAAAUUUGUCAGUUGUAAAUUAUUUAGAAUUUUGAUGAAUGUAGAAGGUUUUAUCUUUUGCAAAUAAUGUCUAAAAUAAAACUACAAUAACAUGCAAGAUAAAUAUUAUGUAAGUUGAAGAAUUUAAAUAUAUACUUCAUGGUUCAAGUUAAUAUAUUUUAAUGUUUUUUUUUUUUCUUUCUUAGUACCUCUUUUUAUAUUCUUAAUUGAAAUAAAAUCUCAUUAAUGUCUUAAUUUAAUGUCUUAAUGUGAUGUCUGACAGCCCUGAAAAUACAAUUUUGACGUGUCAACGCAGAUUCUUUCAGGGAGAGGUUGAUGGUUUCAGCUCAUUAAUAUACAAGAAAUCUGUGAUUGUAUUUAGUAAUUUCAAUAAUGCCUAACAAAACAUUAAGUGUAAUUAAGUGGAAAACAAUGUGCAACAAUAAUAAAAUGAGUUAAAUUAAUUGA